AUGAAGCUAUAUAAAAUUUCAGUAGUUGACCCCAUUGUUGUACAACCUGGUCAAGGAAUCAUAUCACGAGGAUCAAAGAGGGGUACAUUACUGGGGUCUUCUACAACAUCACCAUACCCUACUACGACAACAGAGGGUUCUGUACCUACUUCGAUAAAUUAUGUUUUAAAAGUUGAGCCAAAUGUUUGGGAUAUCCUCAAAUCUGAUCAAGUAAUCGAAUCACAAGGAACAACCCCCGGUACAUUACAGAAUUUAUAUACAACAACACCAAAGCCUUCUACAUCAACAAUAAAGGGUUCUGUACCGACUUCAGGACCAUUUAAAGAAGUUGAGCCAACUGAUUUGAGAAUUAGCAAACCUGCUCAAGAAAUCAAAUCACAAGGACCAAAGCCCGGAACAUUUAUGGGAUCUUCUACAACAACAGUAAAGCCAAUUCCGACAACAAUGGGUUUUGUACCAACUUCGGUACCAGUAAAAGAAAUUAAGCCAACUGAUUUGAGAAUUAUCAAACCUGCUCAAGAAAUCAAAUCACAAGGACCAAAGCCCGGAACAUUAAUGGGAUCUUCUACAACAACAGUAAAGCCAAUUCCGACAACAAUGGGUUUUGUACCAACUUCGGUACCAGUAAAAGAAAUUAAGCCAACUGAUUUGAGAAUUAUCAAACCUGCUCAAGAAAUCAAAUCACAAGGACCAAAGCCCGGAACAUUAAUGGGAUCCUCUACAACAACAGUAAAGCCAAUUCCGACAACAAUGGGUUUUGUACCAACUUCGGAACCAGUAAAAGCAGUUAAGCCACUUGUUUUGAGAAUUAGUAAACUUGCUCAAGAAAUCAAAUCACAAGGACUAAAGCCCGGAACAUUAAUGGGAUCUUCUACAACAACAGUAAAGCCAAUUCCGACAACAAUGGGUUUUGUACCAACUUCGGUACCGGUAAAAGUAGUUAAGCCAAUUGUUGUGAUGAUGGAGCAACCAGCUGAUGUACUGAAAUUACAACGAAUAAAGCCUGAUACAUCACCGGAGUCUUUUACAACAGAUCAAAAGUCUACUACAACAACAAAGAGUUCAGCACUACCCUCGGUACCACUAAAAGUAGUUGUUCCAUCUAUUGAGCUGAACAGGAUACAAGAUAAAGCUCCGAAAUCCCUACAACCGAAGCCUUCCAGAACUACAACAUUGGGAUCUACCACAACAACACCAACACCGACAACAAAGGAAUCUGUACCAGCUUCACCGAGAUUAAAAGUUGUAGCUCCAUCUAUUGAGCUGAACAUCAAACUAAACAUGAAGCCAAAACCAAUGCGACCUAAACCCUCAACUGGUACAUUACAUGGGUCUACUACAACAGUCCCAGGGUAUACAUCGACGACAGUUCCAGGGUAUACACCAACAACAGGUGUAUCAGUACCACUAGAAAGUUCCGGAGCAACAUGUCCUGAUCCGGCAGUAGAGCCUGGAGUACAAUAUACAGUUCAAGAUACUGGUGAUACUUUGUCGUACCAGUGUCAAUCUGGUUAUCGACAUGUUUUCGGUGAUAUGACAAGAACAUGUAGGAAAAAUGGCACCUGGAAUGGUACUGCUCCAGUAUGUCAUAAAGUAACAUGUAACCGACCAGCAAGAGGAGGGGUAUCACCUUCUCCUUACAAGCAGUCGUAUAACGUAGGAGAAGUUGUAACAUUCACAUGUAUCAGCCAAAUGUCAAGGACCCGUAGCCGCGGUAAAAUAAUUCGUGUGACUUGCACGUUGUCUGGUGGAUGGUCAGGACCAUCAUUUUUAGUUUGCAUUUAAAUUCUAAUCAAGGCACUUAUCUUUGUUAUUGGGUAGUACCUUCUGUGCAAUUAGAUUUUAUUUUAAUGACAUUGCUCCUUUUUGAUAUAAGUCAUAAAAGGUAAUUUGUUUAAUUCCCUUUCAUAGUAGUUUGUACUGUUCACUGCAAUUGAAAGCCAUGGUGAGAAUUAAAGACCAAUCGUGUCAAAUCUCCUGAGAUAAAUAGGAGCCUUCCGUAUUUGUAUACGAAAAAGGGCGUCAGUUUGCGCCAAAAAAAAAUCCACGUACAGACAAGGACAAAAUUCAGUUCAAUGAAUCUUGUUUUUGUUUUUAUCAGGUUUAAAACACAGGUAAAAGUAAUACCAUUUUUUUUUCGCGCAAACGUUAUACUUGUCAAAAUUCAAAUUCGAUCAAAUGUAGGUCGCCAUUUAGUAAAAAUGUUCAUCCUUUCAACACUUACUUGUCAGGGAGGUAACAUCUCCCACUUUCUUAGCCGUAAAAAGAUAUCAUAAUAGCUCCAUCUUUCACAAUAAGAAGUUGUUAUUCAUAUCAAAUUAGACAGAUUUAUGUCAGAAAUUUUUUCACAUAACGCAUUUAGCCGCGCGCAUUUUUGCAUAUUGUAAUUUAGCUAAUUCAUUUAUUAAUUAUUAAAUUUAUUUGAAAAUGUUUUA